UACAGCUCCGGGGUGUCCACAUAACCCCACAGGUUACAUGGGCUCCCCUGGAGUACACUGGCACGGCCAGUCACAAUGAAGAAUGUCACUGCAAGGGGGAAAUGCAAACAGGGCAAAGACGGAGGCAUAGAGGAUGGACUCUAAUACAAAGACUGGUCCAACAUGUACAGCACCAGUGCAAGUGACCUAGAAGAAAUUCCCCUGGAAGAUGAUGAUCUAAACAGUCUCGAAUUCAAAAUCCUGGCAUUCUACGUCAGACAUCAUGCCUUCAAGAAAACCCCUGCCGCCUUCUCACCCGAGCUCCUGCGAACAGGAAGCGUGUCUCAGAGGGGACUGGAGAGCUUGUCAGCAAAUGAGUCCCUGACACAGGUGCCCUGGAUCAGCAGAAACUCCCGAUCCAGUGAGAAAUUCAUUACCUCUGGCAAGAAAAAGUCAUCAUGGAGAGCAAUCUUGGGAGUAUUGGGGAAGGAGGAAGAUGAGCAGGACUCGUCCCCAGUGUUGCAAAGCAGUGGUAUUGCUGUUACAAAGGGAAUCUCCUCUAUCUCCACUGUGGAUGCAGAAACUGAAGUUGUGGACCCCAAAGUUUCUUCCAUUGCCAAUCGAGUUGCUGAAAUUGUGUACUCCUGGCCACCACCAGAAGUGCAUCUCCAAGGACCAAGCUCCGGUGCCAGUAUCACAAAACAGCCUCUCCAUAUCCAUUUGCAAGGCGGUGGGCCAAAAGCUUCAAGUUCUAAGAAAGAUGAAGAGGACGAAAUAAUAGCCAGAAUUGUGGAGCUACUGAAGUGUUCAGGAGAUCAGUUGGAUAAAGAGCUGAAGAUGGACAUGACUUUGAAGAGAAAAUUGCCACAGGAACUGUCCUACUCUGAUGUCAAGAAAAUUACAGACCAGUUCCUCAAGGGUGUGGACACCAGAGGAGAAUCAGAGGUGAAAGCUCAGGGCUUUAAGGCUGCACUUGCUAUAGAUGCCAUAGCCAAGCUCACAGCUAUUGAUAAUCACCCAAUGAACAAGGUGCUGGGCUUUGGUGCCAAGUACCUAAAGGAGAACUUCUCACCCUGGAUUCAACAGCAUGGUGGAUGGGAAAAUAUACUUGGGAUAGCCCAUGAACAAGAAGUAGACUGAAAUAUCAGACGAUUUGUCAUCUGGAAAACUCAUUGUCUAACACUGAUCCUGUGUGUGUCUUGGCGCCAGACUGUGGGAGGAAAUAAAUACACCAAGCAUGUGACACAGGCCUGAACUCCUCAAAACCAUUCUUUCUGUGACUUGAGAAGGCAUCAGGGGAGGCCUUGCUCCACCACAGCUCACAGACUUUCAUGAAUUGGUCCUGAAGGUGGGUCCUUUCAGGCCCUCCACUGCGGGCACAGAAGAUAAGUGGUAACCCUCCUCUCCAAUGUUCAUCCUGUCUCUUUCUCUAGGCGGAGUAUGUUACAGAUAUCUGCUGGUCUCAUGAUGGGGAAGUGAUAAAGUGCAU